AUGUGGCUCAGUGCUCUAGUGGCAGUUCUCUCUGAUGCACCAGGCAGUGCUUUUGGUGCGGGCAGCUCUGAGGUGCUGUCCAGACUACUAGGCAAUGCCCAGACAUCAGCCAGUCAUGAGGGCCAUGGAAAGUCUUUGGCCACUGCCGUGAGCCCACACUCACCAUGCCCACCUCCCCGACUCUAUGAGAGCAAAGACCAGGCUGAGGGACAGAUUACUGCAUCCUCAUCUGGCUUACUAAAAGCAAACCGAACACAACAUGAGCCGCCGCAGGAGAAUACUGAGAUGCCGCCUGAGGCCAAGAAUAAUGAAACAUUGGGAGCUGUUGGGGGCUCUACUGGCACAACAGUAAUCAAACAAACUUCGAAGGUCUCUGGUAGUUCUGAAGUGGCCUCCCCCUCAGUGAAGCCCAAGAAAAAAGAUGAAGGGAAACAGAAACAAAAGCAGCAUGGCCUGGCAGAAGCUAGCCAGAAGCUUUUGAAACGAGAAAACAACCUCUUCAGAUCAGAGUCAGGUAACUCAAAGCACCAGGUGGUUCACAGAAAAGAUGAGGAAAAACUGAAGAUGGACUAUAAAACCCUGGAGUUGGAAGUAAGUGAGGUGAUCCGCAAAUCCCUUGACGACAGGAAUAAGGAGACCCUGGAAAGCGCUGUCAAUGCUAUACUUCAGGAGGAGGAACAAGACAAGCACUGGAAGGAGGCAGCUGGAAAGGAACGUCCGAGCUGGAGGCCCAUAAAGUGGCGAGAGAUGCAUGAUAUGCUGCUUGAGAAAGUGGUAAAAAACCGGAUGCAGCACGUAGAUGAGGAGGAACUUGGACCAGAAACGCUGAAGUGGGAGGUCUGCAACCUUAUUCAGAAUGACAUGUUUCAAGUGGUCAGAAAUGUGCAGGGAUGUUAUCCACCAGAGUUUGACAUAUGUAACGUGUACGCUCAGCUGUACCAUCAAGCUUUUUCUGCAAAACUCAGGCAACUGCCUCGACACAACAUCCCCAUAGAGGCAUGCAUCUUCAUACUGAAACAAGUUAGGGAUUACUCAAACAACGUGUUACAUCAGGAAGAACUGGAGUCAUACAUCAAAAGUGAAGCUCUAGACCCUUUAUUACCUGCAGAAUAUCUUGAAUCAUUGGAGGAGCAGUAUCUGUCACACAAAGAGAACGAAGUCAACACUCUGUUGUCCAAUGUUCUUAACUUAGAAGAUGAAAGUGGGAAGAUGAACAAAGCAACUGCCCUGGAUGUUAAACAGCUUGUUGAUGAAGUCAUGAAAGGGGCCAUGGUUCUUUUGAGUAACAGGGAAAAAGCUCAGCGGAUUCUGUAUCUACUUCCCAACUUUCUGACAAGAUACAAUAAAUCCAUAGAAGAGUUCCUCAAAAAUCAGCAAAGCAUCACUGAAAUCCUGAAAGCUCAUCUGUCUGGCAUCAAGGAACUAAGGAAUUACAUUGAGGAAAGAGAUAAUCUACCAGAUGAUGUGAAAGCAGUUUGGCUGUCCACUGCAGCAGAUAUCAGAGACUCCUGCCACAAAUACUUUCUCAGCCGCAUACACGAUAAUCUCAAGGUGAAUUACCGUAAAUUGUGGACUCCAGACUGGUUUUUACAGCAUCAUGAGAUUAUUCAGGAGCUGGAAGAUCAACUCAAUCAAAAUAUACAUCCUCUUAAGGACCUCAACUCUGCCUGUCUGCAGGAGCUGUUGAGCCAGCUGCAUUUUGAGGUCAUGAUUGAAUAUGUGAGGAGGAUGCUGAAGAGGAAACUGAAACUAAAAAACAAGGAUAAGCAAGAGACAGCUGCAGGCUUGCUGUGUGAGGACAGCUUCAGAAUCAACACACUGUUUAUCGAAAAUGGAUCAGACAAGCGGUGGCUAUGCGAAAUCCUGCCAAAGGUUUCAGAAGUGCUGAAAGAGCAAGAUUCAGACAUUCUUGAACUGGAGAUAUGUGCACUGCUGAAAGACCACCCUGACCUCACUGAACGCCAAGUCCAUUCAAUCUUGCAGCUGAGGAGCAACACUUCCUGUGCAGAUAAGCGCAUGAUCACAGAGUGUUACCAUCAAUCUAAGACCAAUAUAAGCAGCUCAGACCCCGCUCCACCUUUUUUCUGCAGAGAAGCCUUUGUUCUGCAGCAGGAUGAAAACACAUCCAGAGCUUUCACUCUGUGUGCCAUCCUCUGUCCUGGGUAG